AUGUCACAACCCAUAGAACGAGUAUUCCCCAUACGGUUAUCCAUCCUUGAGAGUUCCCCUUUCCUACGGAACGUAUCCGACACGGAUAGUAUUCUCUCCGUCGUUCCUGUUACCCAGCAGCUUUCCGAUCAACAUCUAUCUCCGCCAUCGCCCGAUGAGCCUCCGUACGAACCCACACUUUCAACAACAGACCAGCAAGCAAAUUAUCAAGGCAAUCCGGCAGCUGCAUCUUCCCAUAACUCUACACCACCACCAUUCAAGAAAGGCAAUGGCGGAGAUGACUCGCUACUCUCUGAAACCUUCGAGUAUGCUGUCUUGGCCGACGGAUCCCAUGGUGUUAUCCAGAAAACUCGCCGCGCCUUUACUACGUGCGAUGAGGAACCGAUCCACAUACCUGGCGCUAUUCAGUCUUAUGGCAUGCUCGUUGCACUGAAACUUGUCCAUGAGCGAAUUGCUGGGCCUUCCAGAUACAUCCCCAGGGUUUGCAGCGAAAACAGCAGUUUUGUCUGUCAUUACCAGCCCUCCGAGCUUCUGACUCUCGACAACUUCUACCAGGUCAUGCCCAUUUUUCAGCGUCAUCUGUUCGAUGUCCAGCUACGCCACAUCCGUCAAGGAUACGAAAGCACCAAGAAAGAGCAAGAACCCGUGGUCUUUGCUUUCUCCUUUUCCGAUCCAGAUGGCCGGCUGAUUCCUUGCUGGUGCGCCGCACACUAUCUAGGGGGGGAUACUGAUUUGUUUAUCUGCGAGUUUGAGUUGCAAGAUUACUCGAUGCAUCCGCUCGCAACGCCAGCAAUGUCUGAUUCAGGGAACCCUAUCGACACUCUCGGCAGCGACCACUUGGAUUUUGCCACCGCCUGCAGUAUGCAAUCUAAGGUCCAACCAGUAUUCCCGAAUCCAGAGCUCUUCAACAAGGGCUUUGACCCGAGCACUUCCUCAGUUGAGGUUAUCGGCAUGGCUACAAAGAUACAAACGCAAUUUUCCGAGGCAGCAAACGUGCCUGAUCUGCUUGAAACCAUUGUUUCGAUAGUCAAGGAGGUCACCCGCUUCCACCGUGUCAUGGUCUAUCAAUUCGACCGGGAUUACAACGGCACCGUUGUCGCUGAGCUCAUGGAUCCAAAAGCAAGCAAUGACGUCUACAGGGGAUUGCAUUUUCCCGCGAGUGACAUUCCGCCUCAGGCUCGGAAGCUUUACAUGACCAACAAGGUUCGCGUAUUGUUUGACAGAAGCCAGAGGACAUCGAGGCUCAUUGGCAGAGAUGUCAGUGACAUGGAGGUUCCACUCGAUCUAACUCAUGCUUACCUGCGCGCAAUGUCACCUGUGCACCUGAAGUAUCUGUCCAAUAUGGGGGUACGGUCAUCCAUGUCCAUGUCUCUCGAGUCCGACGUACGAAACCCUUUGAACGCCGUCAUCAAUUGUCUUGAGAUGGCCUUGGAAAAGCAACUGGAUGAUAGCACAAAGCAGGUCCUGACAACUUCAUACACUGCGUCAAAGUCUCUGAUCUAUGUCAUUGAUGAUCUCCUGAGCCUGACCGGUAGCAUAACAGGAUCCGUCCCAUUGCUGGAUGAACCAUUUCAUCUUCCACAUUGCUUGGAAGAGGCGCUAUAUCCUCUAAGGAGGCUCGGUCAGGAGAAGGGUGUGGAAGUCAUCAUGAUCCCAUCUACAGGGCCAACGCAGUACGUCCGUGGUGAUCCGACAAGCUUGCAGCGCAGCAUAUCCAUCCUUGUCGCCAAUGCCAUACAGCAUACAGCCAACGGCCAAGUUGUGAUCCAGUGGCGCGAGACGGUCAUGAAUCCGAAAAAUACCAUUAUACACAUUUCCAUCACGGAUUCUGGCCCCGGCUUCUCGGAGCGGGAGCUGGACGACAUGUUUCAGGAGUUUGAGCAAAUCCCCGAUGAAGACUUUGACGAGUCAACCUCAAAAGCACAUGCUUUCAGGGGGAAUGUGCUUCGCGUUGGCGUUGGCUUGGUUUUCGUGGCUCGAUUUGUGAAGCAGCGGAAUGGACAGCUGAGAGUCAAGUCAAGUAAAGGACGAGGCUCGACCUUCACCCUGGAGAUCCCAUUCGUGGUCUCAUCCCGGUGUUCAUCGAUAGCUUCACGUCGGGAUGCAUCCCCGUUGCCAGUGCUGACGAUGCCUGGACCCUUGGUGUUUGACCGAGAGUGCACGAACAUUCCAUCCGACUGUACCUUUGGUACCUUUGGAGAUUCAGGAACAUCUACCUUUGCAGACUCGAGGCCAUCGCCCCCCAUUAUACGACCGAGCUCAUCAAGCACCGGCGCUGAUACAUCGCUGAAGGAGUACCAAACUCCAAGUCCGCAUCAUUACAGUGUCAUCGUGGCCGACGACAAUAUCAUCAACGUGCAGAUUCUGGAAAGACGUCUCACGAAGCUGGGCCAUCGGGUCCUGGUCAGCCGCGACGGUCAAGAAUGUUUUAACCUGUUCGCACCGAAUCAUUCCACUGUGGAUUUCGUCCUGAUGGAUAUUAACAUGCCAAUUGUAGACGGUUUUGCCUCCAUCCGCAUGAUCCGCGAUCAUGAGUACAACCAUCCCACGCCCUCGCGCGUCGUUCAGACCUGCGGGAGGACACCCAUAUUCGCAGUCUCGGGCAUGCUUCGUCGCGGUCAAGAGCAGCGAUGCAAAGAAGCUGGGUUUGAUGGGUGGAUGCCCAAGCCAGUGGAUAUGAAGAGGCUGGUUAGAUGUCUGGUUGGUGCGCUGGAUCCGGAUGCGAGGAGGACGUGUGUGUAUGAUGAGAAGAGGUUUGAGCUUGGUGGGUGGUUUAGUGCUGAGUAA